UGAUCUUGCUUCCUCCCCGCCUGAGCCUCUUCUCCCCAAGUUCUCCAUCCACAGAAUCCUUCAAGAUGCCCGCAGACUCAACACAGCCCACCAAGGCCCUCGCCGACUUCUUCCCCAACCAGCGCAAGAACCUCCCCAUCGCGCUCACCACCGAGGACGUCAAGGGCAAGACAUACAUUGUCACCGGUGCCACCGGCGGCAUCGGCUAUGAGCUCGCCAAGCACCUCGUGCGCCUCGAGGCCAGCAAAGUAAUCAUUGGCGCGCGCAACGAAGAGCGCGGCAAGGCCACCAAGGCGACCAUCGAGGGUGAUGCCGGACGCAAAGAUGUCGUCGACAUCUGGCCGCUGGAUCUCGCCUCGUACGACUCUGUCAAGGCGUUUGGCAAGAGGAUUGAGACAGCGGAGAGGAUUGACGCGCUUGUCUUGAACGCGGGCGUUUCGCAUGCUGGGUGGCAGGUCAAGGAGGGCAACGAGGCGCAUCUGACGGUGAACUUCAUUUCGAACUACUUGCUUGCUUUCAUGGCGUUGCCGCAUCUGCAGGCUGUUGGGAAGACGCAUGGGAUCACGCCUCGCCUUGUGGUUGUUGGAUCGAUGGGCGCCUUCUUUGCGGGAGAGAGCGUCAAGAAGUUCCCCUCGAAGGACAUUUUGGAUGAUCUCAAUGACAGGGCCAAGUGGGAGAGCGACUUUACGAAUCGGUACUCGGUGACCAAGUUGCUUGAGCACUGGGCUGCGCGGCAGCUUGCUUCGCUGCGGCCGGUGUCUGACUUGGGGGUUAUCGUGAAUGUUGUUGAUCCGGGGUAUUGCAAGACGGGACUGAAUAAGGAGCUGAGUCUGUGGACGAGGGCGAAGGCGUGGCUGGCAAAGGUCAUGCUGGGACGGACGCCGGAGAUGGGGAGUCGGACGCUGGUGCAUGCUGUCAAGGUUGGGGAGGAGAGUCAUGGGAAGUAUUUGACUUCUUGCGAGAUUCGAGAGGAUCAUAUUCCGGAGUGGGUUACCAAUGAGGCUGGGCAGGCCGUUCAGAAGCAGGUUUGGGAUGAGCUGCUGGUGAAGCUGGACAAGAUUGAGCCUGGCCUGCCGUCUCGUGUCAUUGCCGACUGGGCGUGAACAUGAUAUGUUGGGGUUGACUUAUACGGCUUGCGUCUACGAGGGACGUUGUGCUUGAACGAGGGUGCACUUUGCGAAGAUUGAUGUUGUUCUCUGACUGCUUUGAUACACGAG